CUGCCCUAUAGAUAGGUUGUGCCAUGUGCCCAAUCUGCUGUACGUUGCUGUUUAUAGCAGGGUUUUUGGCCCUGGUCUACGUAUUCCUCACCUGGAACUUCGACUAUUGGAGGAAGCGGGGCAUCCAGACAGCCAACUCAUGGCCAUUUGUGGGCAGUUUUCCUAGCAUUUUCACCAAGAAGCGGAACAUUGCCUACGACAUCGAUGAAAUCUACCAGCAGUACAAAGAUACGGACAAAAUAGUGGGUGUGUUUACCACACGAAGUCCCCAGCUGCUGGUUAUGUGUCCGGAAUAUAUAAACAAGAUUUACGCCGGCGAUUUCCGUAGCUUCCAUGACAAUGAAAGGGGGAAUUCUGUGGACAAAAAUGUGGACAAGAUUCUGGGUAACAAUCCAUUUGUCCUAAAAGGUGAUGAAUGGAAAGAGAGGAGGGCGGAAAUCACACCUGGAUUAUCGCCCAAUCGAGUCAAGGCCGUCUAUCCAGUGUCACAGAGUGUGUGCAAAAAGUUUGUGGACUAUAUAAGGCGGCAGCAAAAGAUGGCCUCCUCUCAGGGAUUGGAUGCAAUGGAACUGUCCCUUUGCUUCACCACCGAAGUGGUUUCCGAUAGUGUCCUGGGGAUAUCCGCACAGAGUUUCACGGACAACCCAACUCCUUUAGUGGGAAUGAUCCAGCGAGUGUUCAACUCAUCCUUUGGGUUUAUCCUGUACAGCGUUUUGGUCAACUUGUGGCCACCGAUUCGCAGGUUCUACAGCGUUCCCUUUUUCACCAAGGAAGCAGAGGACUUUUUCUUCGACAUCAUGAGGCGGUGUAUUAAGUUGAGGCAGGAAAAACCGGAACAGCAGCGAGAUGAUUUCCUCAACUAUAUGCUGCACCUGCAGGAGAAGAAGGGUCUGGAUGCGGCGGAACUCACUGCCCAUACGAUGACAUUUCUCACUGAUGGAUUUGAGACCACAGCUCUGGUUCUAUCACAUACCCUAUUAAUGCUGGGUCGUAACCCCGAGGCGCAGCAAAAGGUUCGGGAGGAGAUAGGCAGUGGGGAUCUGACCUUCGAGCAGUUGACCGAACUGCCCUAUCUAGAAGCCUGCAUUCAUGAAUCUUUGCGUUUGUUUUCACCACAAGUAGCUUCACGAAAACUGGUAACUGAACCCUACGACUUUGUGAACAAGAAUGGGGUUACUCUAAGAGUGAAUCCCGGAGAUGUGAUCAUUAUUCCAGUGAAAGCACUGCACCACGAUCCACAGUAUUAUGAGAAUCCACAGGCAUUUAAGCCAGAGCGAUUCCUUGAGAUUAACGGUGGCGUGAAAAAGUACCGGGAUCAGGGGGUAUAUCUUCCGUUUGGCAAUGGACCGCGUAUAUGUCCAGGCAUUCGAUUUGCACUGACCCAACUUAAGGCAGCUUUGGUGGAAAUCGUACGAAACUUCGAUAUCCAUGUUAAUCCCAAGACUCGUUCGGAUGAUCAGAUAGAUGAUACCUUCUUUAUGGCCACUUUGAAAGGCGGCAUUUGGUUAGACUUUAAAGAGCGAUAAUUAAAAACUGCACAGAAUGAAGUUCCGUAUUUGUUC